AUGUCAGUUUCGAGCAGUCCGGAUGUCGUACCUGGUGAAGAAUAUGACUACGAAGCUCUGCCACCCAACUAUGGGCUGGGACAUAAUAUGUUGGCCGGUGCAUUCGCAGGCAUUGCGGAGCACACGGUGAUGUAUCCUGUGGAUUUGAUGAAGACCCGAAUGCAAAUCAUAAAUCCCUCGGCCGGAGGUCUAUAUACGGGACUAUCACACGCUGUAUCUACCAUAUAUCGGAUAGAAGGCCUCCGGACGUUAUGGAGAGGCGUGACCAGCGUCAUUGUUGGAGCAGGUCCUGCUCACGCCGUGUAUUUCGGUACAUAUGAGGUUGUGAAAGAGAUGGCUGGAGGGAACAUCGCAGAUGGCAAACACCAUCCUCUUGCUGCUGCUGCAAGUGGAGCCUGCGCAACUAUUGCCAGUGAUGCUCUAAUGAACCCAUUUGAUGUUAUCAAGCAACGGAUGCAGGUUCACGGCUCGACGUAUCGAUCAAUAGCCCACUGCGCCCGAUCCGUAUUGCGCAAUGAGGGUAUUUCUGCUUUCUACGUAUCUUAUCCCACGACACUUUGCAUGACGGUACCGUUCACAGCGACGCAAUUCAUGGCCUACGAGUCUCUGUCGAAAAUCAUGAAUCCCCGGAAAGAGUAUGAUCCUAUUACACAUUGCGUGGCUGGGGGCUUGGCCGGUGCAUUUGCGGCCGGCAUCACCACCCCACUGGACGUGAUCAAAACACUGCUUCAAACCCGAGGACUCAGUCAACAAGCCGAAAUUCGAAAUGUUCGAGGACUCUUCCAUGCGGCUGCCAUCAUCAAGAAAGAGUAUGGAUGGCGUGGUUUUAUGAGGGGCUGGCGACCACGCAUCAUCACCACCAUGCCAAGCACUGCGAUUUGUUGGUCCUCGUAUGAAAUGGCCAAGGCAUACUUCAAGCGCACCCUCCGAGACGACCAGACUUCUCAUACCAGCAAGUUUUGA